CUUAUAAAUUCCCAAACUCUUUUGUCUGGAUUUCAAACACCCAAAAUAUAAACCCUAGAAAACAAGUGAUUCCGACUAAAACCCAGUCAAUAUUUCAUACACUCACAGGAUUUAGGGUUUUAUCAAUUGAAUCAUCAACCAUACCUCGCUGUGAUUCGAUUUCCCAGAAGCAGAGGUCUGCCUCUAGAGAUGCAUUCAAGAAGAAGAAGAAGAUAGACGCCUGGAUUGAUAAAAACAUCAUCAGUUACAUAUUAUGUUGGUGGAGGUGCUCAGUACAAUGGCUGAAGAAGAACAAGAAGAAGAAGAAAAAAUGGCAGAAACUCUUAAGAAUGUGAAUUUGUGUAGAAAAGAAAAGAGAAAAAUGUUAAAGAAGUUGAAGAGGAAGCAGAUAAGAAAAGAGAUAGCUGUGAAAGAAAAGGAAGAAGAAGAAGCUAGAUUGAAUGAUGUUGAAGAGCAGCGCAAGCUCGAGUUGAAAGAGAAAGAAGAAGCUGAGUUACUGGAGAGACAGAGGAAAGAGUUUGAAGAGCGUGAGAAGUCGUGGCUUGAAAAAGCUGCUAAAAUGGCUGAAGAGGAAGAACAAAGAAGGAUUCGAGAAGAAGAAGAACAUAAGUUAAAUCAGGUUGAAAAUGAUGAGUUGAGUGAAGAUGAGGGUUGGGAAUAUGUAGAGGAAGGUCCUGCAGAGAUUAUCUGGCAAGGAAACGAAAUAAUCGUCAAGAAGAAAACAGUCAGGGUUCCUAAGAAAAAUAAUGAUCAACAACUAGUGAUUGAGGAUAAGGAAAGACCUACAUCAAACCCACUUCCUCCACAAUCUGAAGUUUUUGCUUCGUACAAGAAUUCAGCAGGUGUGUCAUCACAAGGUGUUUUUGACAGUGUUGCUCAGGAGACGCCAAACUUUGGGACGGAACAAGAUAAAGCUAAUUGUCCUUUCCAUAUCAAAACUGGUGCCUGUCGUUUUGGAUCACGUUGUAGCAGAGUUCAUUAUUACCCUGAUAAGUCAUGCACUUUGCUUAUUAAGAACAUGUACAAUGGACCUGGCCUUGCUUGGGAGCAAGAUGAGGGGCUUGAGCAAACUGAUGAAGAGGUUGAACGCUGUUUUGAGGAGUUUUAUGAGGAUGUGCAUACAGAAUUCUUGAAGUUUGGGGAAAUUGUGAACUUCAAGGUAUGCAGAAACGGUUCAUUCCAUCUACGUGGGAAUGUGUAUGUGCACUAUAAGUCUCUAGAAUCAGCCAUCCUUGCUUGUCGCUCUCUAAAUGGUCGCUAUUUUGCCAGCAAACAGAUAACAUGCGAGUAUGUUGGUGUUACUAAAUGGAGGGUUGCUAUCUGUGGGGAGUAUAUGAGAUCGAGACUUACGACUUGUUCCCGUGGAACAGCUUGCAACUUCAUACACUGCUUUCGCAAUCCUUGUGGGGACUAUGAAUGGGCUGAUUGGGAUAAGCCACCUCCUAAAGACUGGGUGAAAAAGAUGGCUUAUUUAUUUGGCGCUUCAGAUGAAAAUGGAUAUGACAAACACGUGGUACCUGAAAGCUGGGGGAAGCAGGAAGGAUCUGAAAGGAAAACUCCUAAGAGUGACAGGUACCGUUCAAGAAGAUCUAGGUCCAGAACUGUGGACUACUCAUGUAGCAGUGACGAAAAGAGAGACAAGGGAAGCAGUCACUCAAGCAGGCAGAGAGAUCCUCGUAGGAGUAGAAGUAGGAGAAGCUCCUAUGAGCACAGAAGAUAUGAAGAAAUUUUUAACCAUGAAAAUGAUCGAUAUCUGGAGUCUGAGGAUUACUUAUACAAGCACAAACACCGACAGAAAAGUUGCGCGAGGGAGCAUCACUCUAGAACACAGGCAGAUUAUCUCUGUGACCAAGGAAAUGAAAUGGAACGUCACCAUUCUGACAGGGAUAGACUCAACAGGAAGGAUUCCCACAGAAAGGGUAACUCAAGUAGAAGAAGGGAGCAUUCAAAGGAACGGCUGGACUUCACCAAAUCUGACAAUAGUAACUUGUCUGCAAGUCCUGGCCGUUAUGAUCCCAGUGGAGAUUGCAACUUCAACGAAAACAUUGAUCAAUGUAAUGAUUGGGAAACGUCAAGUCGCCAUGAACAUGGAAACUCUAGAAGGUCUUCUAAAUCCAAAGAGAAGGAAAGCUCUGAAAAGUUUGACAAAAGAAACAGCUCCAAAUAUUCUGACAGAUCUGGCAAAAGGAAACACUCAAAAAGCCGGGAAGAAGAAACAAAUUCUUCUGAAGAGGACCACUGUCACGAAGAGAAUAAAAAAGCCCAAGGUCAGAAACACAGGCGAGAUGAUCACCACGAAAAUAAGAGAGAAUACAGAACAACAAAGAAGAUCAGUAGUGAAAGGUUUUCCCCAAAAGAGUCGAAAAGAAGAUCAGAUUUUAUUGAAGAGGAAGCUAUUGAUUUAUUACAGGACAACCCAAGUCAUGAACUCUCUUUGGGAGAGUCAGGUGGUAUGAUUGCAAGCCCUGAAAAAAUUUAUGAUGGUUCAGGGAGACACAAGAAUGGUAGCAAGAGGGAAAGAAGCCGCACUAAAAGGCCAGACGAUAACACCAGCUGUCAUGUUCACAGUUUGAAACAUAAGACUUCAAGGAAACGCUCAAGGAGCAGAUCUUCCAUUGAAUCAACUGGUAAAUCAAGAAGAGAGUCAUCUUAGGUAGCUUGUGAACUCUAUGUUCAUGAAUUCUUUGUUUCCAAGAAUCCAAAUUCAUCGACAAAGUUGUUAAAAGAAAAAAAUCAGUUGAGAAAAUAGCUUCCUAGUCAUAUCUUGGUUACCUAGGAGUUUUUUCUGGGUCCUAACCCUAAUUUCUGAACUCCAUUCCCAAUUCUUCUUGACUCAUCUCUUGCAAUCCUAUGAAAAAAUAUACUCCAUCCGUUUCAUUUUACUUGAUGUUAUAGAGUUUUUCACGCACAUUAAGAAAUAUCAGAGAGUUAAAUUUUUUCAAUUCUAUCCAUAUUA